UGCCCUGGGGGGGUAUUUCCAGCCCUGGCCCCCCCCAGGGUUCUCAUUUCCCCAUCGGGUUUGGGUUCGGUGCCGACGGUGCAGCCAUGGCCGAGGAGCAGCGGGACCUCAUCUCCGACCGCGGCAGUGGGGUGGUCCCCAUGGGGGACAGCCAAAGGUCUUCCUUCGGGCGCAGAGCCGCCCUGUCCACGCUGUCCAUCCUGGUGGCCCUGCUGAUCGCCGGCCAGGCUGUCACCAUCUACUUCGUGUACCAGCAGAGCGGGCAGAUCAGCAAGCUGACCAGGACCUCCCAAAAUCUGCAGCUGGAGGCGUUGCAGCGCAAGCUGCCCAAGAGCAGCAAGUCCACCGGCAACAUGAAGAUGUCGAUGGUGAACACCCCCCUGGCCAUGAGGGUCCUGCCUCUCGCCCCCUCCCUAGACGACACGCCCGUGAAGGACAUGGGGCCCCCCAGCAACAAGACCGAGGACCAAGUCAGGCACCUGCUGCUGCAGGCAGACCCGAAGAAGAUGUUCCCGGAGCUGAAGGACAGCCUGCUGGGCAACCUCAAGAGCCUGAAGAAGACCAUGACCGACGCGGACUGGAAGUCCUUCGAGUCCUGGAUGCACAAGUGGCUGCUGUUCGAGAUGGCCAAAAGCCCCAAGCCGGACGAGCGUAAAGCCAUCCCGGCGGAGAAAGUGCAAACUAAGUGCCAGGCAGAGGCCAAUUUCGGUGGUGUCCAUCCGGGUCGCUUCCGCCCCGAGUGCGAUGAGAACGGGGACUACCUGCCCAAGCAGUGCCACGCCGGCACGGGCUACUGCUGGUGCUGCUACAAAAACGGCACCAAGAUUGAGGGCACGGCCACCCGGGGAGAGCUGGACUGCUCGGGGGCUGCGCUGACAGAGCCCGACGAGAUGAUCUUCUCCGGGGUGGACAUGCUCAAGCUGGGCGCUGAGAAAGCCAAGUAGAAGAGGACACCUGCAGCUGCCCACACGGCUUUCAGCACUCCAGCUCGGGUUUUUUUUUUUUUUGCUCUAUCCCCUUUCUGCUCUUCCCUCGCUUUCCCAAACACCCCCGGCACUCCUUCCCCGUGAUCACUUACCCUCCCCUGCUCCAGGGCCUGGCCUGGGGUUGAUGAGAGUUGGCUGGGGCUGUCCCCAGGAUAAAUGCUACAGAGGAAACGUUUCCUAAAACUGGAGGUGGAGCAGGCUGGAAGCAUUUUCAGCCGCAGCAGAUCCCCAGUCCCUUCCCCUGUUGCUGGUGGGGUACGAGCUGCAGUGAGGGCGUUGUGUGAAGGACACCAGCUGGUUCCCAGCCCUGUGCCUGGCCCCCAGGGCACUUCUCCCCCAGCCCAGGCUCUGCGAUUGCUCCUGCUGAAGAUCGAGCCACUAACGCCUGCUUUCUUAGCCUGAACAAACAUUAAACGCAGCAAAACCACCUCCACCAGCUUCUUAACUAAAAUCUGUAGGUAGGGGCUCUACUAAAGCUUCCUAUUUCUCGUGUUUUAUUUUUUAAUACUCAGUUUUGUAGGGAUAGGUGCUCACCUUCAGCUUCAACUUCAGGCCUGGAGGCAGAGGGGCUUUUAAUCUUCCUGACCGAUCUGAUACUUCCUUGAUAAACGAUGUCACAAGCUAAUUAUUUCAAAUAAACUUUUGAAUAAGAAAGCCUCAGAA